CCCGGCCCGAGUUGGAAUGCAAUGAAGGGUCCAAAGAGUGAACGACAAAAGCCAACCAACAAUAAAAGCAAUGACAGCAACGGAUAAGACAAAGUUCUGCCGUUUGAUCCACCAACCCUCUGCAAUAUCACCAAUGUCUAACAAAGAAACCCAAGUCUCAUCAGAAGAGCUACCUAUAGUCCUCGUUCAUCGUCUACCAUCAUUCAAGUUGCCUUCCAAGCCUUCUUUCAAUGACCAUUUACUUUCUGACUUCCAUCUCCUGGACCCUCAUGACUCGCCUGAGCCUUAUGACUCCUUUAUGUCCCGUCACGCUCCCUCCAUCAGGGCUCUCAUCAUUGUUGGCCCCACCCCAAUUACCGCCGAGUUUCUCAAGCUUCUGCCUUGUUUGGAGCUUAUAGUGGGAACUAGUGCUGGUCUUGAUCAUAUAGACCUCCCGGCUUGUUGGAGCCGAGGCAUCACUGUUACUGAUUCUGGCCUUGCCUUCUCAGAGGAUGUGGCGGAUUGUGCUGUUGGGUUGUUGAUUGAUGUUCUUAGAAGAAUUUCUGCUGCUGACAGAUUUGUUCGUGGCCGGAUGUGGCCUGUUAAGAAAGAGUACCCUCUUGGUUUUAAGUUAGGAGGAAAGCAAGUUGGGAUUGUGGGCCUGGGAAGCAUUGGUUCUGAAGUUGCAAAGAGGCUUUCAGCCUUUCGCUGCAGCAUUGCCUACACCUCAAGGAAGAAGAAGCAAUCUGUUCCAUUUCCAUUCUAUGCUAAUGUCUGCGACCUUGCAGCAAACAGUGAUGUUCUCAUACUUUGUUGUGCACUUACAGAGGAAACUUACCACAUUAUCACGAAGGAUGUCAUGGUAGCAUUAGGAAAGACAGGAGUGAUAAUCAAUGUUGGGCGUGGCUCUCUUAUUGAUGAGAAGGAAUUAGUGCAGUGUUUGGUGCGAGGAGAAAUUGAUGGUGCAGGUCUUGAUGUGUUUGAAAAUGAGCCUAAUGUGCCAAAGGAGCUAUUUGGACUUGAUAAUGUUGUGUUGUCUCCACAUUGCGCUGUCAUGACUCCACAAUCCUUUGAAGCAUUGCUCCAGUUGAUUAGUGCUAACUUAAAAGCCUUCUUUUCAAACAAACCUUUGUUAUCAGUAGUCUCAAAUGAAUGAACCAUUCAUUCUUUUGCUGUAACUGUAAGGCCAAUCUUUGCAUCUUUUGAACUUUAAUAUUCCAAUAAAUGCUUCGCGAAGAUCUUUUAUCAUUUGGUUAAAUGUCAAAUGUACCAAAAAACAAGAUGGUUCAUACAAUAUUAAAACAGAGGUUCUCUAGCAAAACUAUUUUGUUCUUUGUGAAUUUUGUUUUCUUGGUUAAAACUCUGUUACGGUGUGCUUACCAUAGUAAAACAGAACACUGAAUGACCCCUCUAAACUGGAGUAAACUCGUGUAACUUAGCAUUCUUUAGGGCAGCCAUGGCCAUUGACCU